CCUGAAACGAAAAAGAUACGUGAUACAUGUAUUAUUGAAAAAGGCGAAGCUGAGUGUGGCCAUCUCAUAGAAGCUCACAAAGCGUGUAUGCGGCAUUUGGGAUUUAAUAUAUAGGAGGAUAGUUAAAUAAUCUCACAUAAACAAAUGAUGGCGAACAAUAAUUUAGACGCUCACAAUUUUCAUGAGAUAUUUUUGAAAACCGAGCAAGACCAUGAGGACAUUGAUAAUUUUUACGAAGAAGUCAGUGAUGAUGAAGAAGAUAAUGUUACCGAGAUCUCUGAUGAUGAGAAUAGAACCGAAAGUGAAGAAGAAGUAAUUGAAGAUUUCGCGGGGGAAUUGGAAAAUGGUUCGCGGAAUAAAAAAAUGCGCCUCAGCAAUUCUUGCGAUAGAUCUGUAUCAAAAUUGAAGGGAAAAAAUGGUUACGUUUGGAGUACGACAAAGUCAGAACAUCAUUCUGUUAAUCUACUUGAAUAUAUUCCUGGUCCAAUGAACGCAGCUGCUAAUUUAGAAUUAAUCCAUGAAUUUUGGAAUAUUUUAUUUAAUGAUGAAAUGAUUAAUAUUAUCGUUGUGUGUACAAAUUAUAAAAUUGAUGAUUUUUGUUGGCAUCUAAAAUCUGAGGAGAAAGAAACGCAAAGUUAUCAUAAAUUUACUGAUGUUGAUGAAAUAAAAGCAUACAUUGCUAUUUUAUAUUAUUCUGGUUUGUGGAAAUCUCAUCGAGUCGAUGUAAAAAGACUAUGGGGUAGAGAAAAUGGAAUAUCAUUUUACAAAUGUGUAAUGCCACAAAAACGAUUUGAAUUUUUGUCAACGUGCUUACGUUUUGAUGUCAAAUGUAAUCGUAAUGCUGACGAUAAAUUUUCUCCAAUACGUAAAUUUUGGGAUAUAUUCAUUGAAAAUUGCAAGAAAUAUUAUAAUCCCAGUAAUACGUGUACGGUGAACGAGAUAAUUUAUGGUUUUAGAGGACGAUGUCAAUUUCGAGUUUUUAAGAAAACGAAACCUAAUAAAUAUGGAUUAUUGAUAAAAACGCUUAAUGACGCUGAAACUGCAUACAUGCUCAAUGCCAUUCCUUAUUUGGGGAAAAAUUCUGGAAUUGACAAUGACGAAUCAGUGUCAGAAUUUUAUUUUCGCGAAGUAACAACUCCAAUUCAUGGAACAAAUCGUACAGUAACCUGCAACAAUUGGUUUACGAGUGUUCCACUUGUUGAAAAAAUGUUGGAAGAUCCAUACAAUCUUACAAUAACAGGUGCAAUAAAAAAAAAACAACGUGAAAUUCCAAACGAAAUGCAAAUUGCAAGUAAGGAAAUUUCAAAUAGUAAAUUUUGUUUCAAUGAUAAAAUAACGUUACUUUCGUAUACACCGAAGAAAAAUAAAAUUAUUCUACUUACGUCAUCAUUUAUAUCAACUGAAAUAACUGAUGGAAAGCCAAAUAUGAUUCACCAUUAUAAUAAAACAAAAGGUGCUACUGAUACAUUUCAUAAAUUAUGUAAUUCAUUUACAACAAGCAGAAUAACGAAUAGAUGGUCGAUGCGAUUAUUUUUUGGUAUUUUAGAUCAGGCAAUUGUUAAUGCAAGAAUUCUUUUGUCGUGUAAAUUGUUAAACAAUGGAAAUCAGACAAAAUUAACAGCACAGCAAUACAUGCAGGGAGUGAUUGAUUAUUUAGUGAAACCUUUUUUAAUGGAACGAUAUACAAAAAUGACAUUGCGCAAAGAUAUUCACUAUGCUUUAGCAGGAAUUUUGAAUAUUGACGUUAAAGAAGAACUUCAAAAUGACUCUAAACUUAUUAUUAUGGAUCGUUAUAAGCGAUGUGCCAUGUGUCCAGUAAAAAAAGACAGAAAAACAAGGUCAUGCUGCCCAUCGUGCAAAAGACCGAUCUGUAAUGACCACCGUACAGGAUACUGUGCAGACUGUGUUUGUUUUAAUUAAUUAAUUUUUUUUUUUCUUUGACUAGCUAUCAUUAGCAUUAAUAUGUUGUAAUAUAAUAAUAAUUAAAAGGUGUCAUAACCCUCGCAGAAACUUUACUGAGCAUUUAUUGAAGUUAUAAAUUCAAACUACGGAAUAUUUAUAAUUGAAAAAAAUCGAUCCUUGGAAGGAAUAAAAUAACAUAGAGAUUUGUUAUUUAUUGUCACAAAAUAAAAUACGACGUUUCGAUGACGGUUCGUCAUCAUUUUCAGGUCAAACCUAAUUAAUAUUAAUAAUUUUAUUUAAAACACCAUAUUCUUUUUUUUAUAAAUAAAUUCAACACGUUACAUUUUUUUCUUUUAA